AUGGAGUUAACAAUCCAAUACAGAUGCAUUUACUUGGCAUUGAUCUUCAUUUUCGGAGCUGUGGCUUCUCAAGCUGCAGCUCGUACUCUCCAAGAUUCAUCAAUGCAUGAGAGGCAUGAGGAAUGGAUGGCUCGUUAUGGACGUGUAUACAAGGAUGUUAAGGAGAAGAAAAUGCGCUACAAGAUCUUCGAGGAAAACGUGGAACGUAUAGAUUCCUUUAACCGUGUUCCUGGAUAACCAUACAAGCUAGGCAUCAAUCAAUUUGCGGAUCUCACGAAUGAAGAGUUUAAAACGUCGCGGAACAGAUUCAAGGGGCAUAUGUGUUCUGCACAAGCAGGUCCUUUCAGAUAUGAAAAUGUUUCUGCGGCACCAUCUUCCACGGACUGGAGAAAGAAAGGGGCAGUUACAGCCAUCAAGGACCAAGGCCAGUGUGGAUCCUGCUGGGCUUUUUCGGCUGUGGCAGCUGUGGAAGGUGUUACUCAGCUAGCAACUGGAAAAUUGAUCUCACUUUCUGAGCAAGAACUUGUUGAUUGUGACACUAAGGGAGAGGACCAAGGCUGCCAGGGCGGCCUAAUGGAUGAUGCCUUCAAAUUCAUUGAACAAAAUCAAGGCCUAACGACUGAGGCUAAUUAUCCUUAUGAGGGAUCUGAUGGAACGUGCAACACCGAGAAGGAAGCCAACCAUGCAGCCAAGAUAAAAGGUUAUGAAGAUGUGCCAACCAACAAUGAGGCAGCACUAAUGAAGGCUGUCGCAAAACAACCAGUUGCUGUUGCCAUUGAUGCCGGGGGAUUUGAGUUUCAGUUCUAUUCAAGUGGCAUUUUUACAGGAUCUUGUGGCACUGAACUAGAUCACGGAGUUGCUGCUGUUGGGUAUGGAGAGAGCAACGGGAUGAAGUAUUGGCUUGUGAAAAAUUCAUGGGGCACACAAUGGGGCCAGGAAGGGUACAUAAGGAUGCAGAAAGAUGUUGAUGCAAAGGAAGGGCUCUGCGGCAUUGCAAUGCAAGCAUCUUACCCCACUGCAUGA